UUUUUUAUUUUUUUUUUUAUGCAGCAACUGUGAACUUGCGACAAUAGAUCUCUUUUACGAUCCACGAGCGAUGAAUUCUGAAAACUUUGGCUUUCCUUUUGAACCUUAUAACAUUCAAUAUGAUUUCAUGAAGGAGCUAUAUGAGACACUUUCCGCCGGCAAGAUCGGCAUCUUCGAAAGCCCUACAGGAACUGGUAAAUCACUUAGUUUGAUAUGUGGAUCUUUAAAAUGGUUAAAAGACGAUGAUGAAAAACAAUCUCAACCGACGAAAACAACAAUCACUUCGAAAGCCGAACAACCUUCCUGGAUCGCUGCACUGAAAGGACAAACAGAAGAAGUUAUAGCGCAAGAAGAACUAAGGAAACAGAAAUCUGAUUUGAAGGAGCGCGUUGAAAGAGCGAGACUCCUUAAGAGAAAUAAAGACCUUUACUAUGUUACCAUACACAAAGACAGCAAAAAACGAAGAAAUGUCAAAACAGAAAAUGCAAUUAUUGACGAGUUUCUUCUGGAUGAUUACGACAGUGAUCAGGAAGAUACUUCCUCCAGCGGUAGUCGUAAACCUAAAGCAGAAGUUGACAGCAAUUUAUCUAAGGAGGUUCAAGCUCUUCUGGCAAAGCUGGAAACCAAGUCGAAGCCAACAGUUGCUUACGAUAAAGAUGAGAAUAACGAUGAGAAUAUCGAACUCGAAAACGAAACGAAAAUAUUUUACGCAUCAAGAACUCAUUCUCAGUUAUCACAAUUCGUUCAUGAAGUCAGAAAAACUGUUUAUGCAUCCGAUGUCUUUGAGGUAUCACUUGCCUCCAGAAAUCAUCUUUGUAUAAAUGAAGAGGUCAGACAGUUGGGCAAUGUGCAAAAAAUCAAUGAAGCUUGUUUGGAUCUACAAAAGAAAGCAUCAAAGAAAGGGCCGUGCCCUUAUUUAUUAGCAGUGGACAAUACAUCAAAGUGGAAUGAAUUCCGAGAUCAUGCCUUGGCUGAGGUUGGGGACAUUGAAGAUUUGGCUGCAGUUGGUGAGAGGCUUCAAAUUUGCCCUUACUACGGAACUAGACAUACGGUGAAGACAGCUAGAUUAAUAGUGCUACCUUAUCAAAAUCUGCUUCAUGCAAAUACUCGUGAAUCGUUGGGUAUAUCUUUAAAGAACAACGUUGUUAUCCUUGAUGAGGCGCAUAAUUUGAUGGAAACCAUAACCUCGCUUCAUACUGUACAGUUAUCAUUAUCACAGAUAACACUGGCGGGUAAUCAAUUGAAACUGUACGUUGAGAAAUACAGAGCAAGACUCGCAGGUAAAAACGUAGUCUACAUUAGACAAAUCUUGCUCAUCAUCCGAGCUCUAGUGAACCAUUUGAGUCCGAAAGAUGUGAUGCAGAGAAAAGACAGUGUUUUACGUGUAAAUGACUUCUUGCAUGCGCUUUCUAUCGAUCACAUCAAUAUGUUUAAAAUUCAACGUUAUCUUGAAGUCAGCAGCCUUUCGCGCAAGCUGAAUGGGUUUCUUGAUAUGGCCCGUGAGAAAGAAGAAGAAGAAAGGCAAAAACAGCUUCUGAAAGAUCCUAAAGCCGAUUUAACACCACCCACAGAGGUCUUGAAAACCUCUACUUUGACUCUUACACAAAUUGAGGCAUUUUUGAUGACCUUAACCAAUUCAGACAAAGAUGGCCGUAUUGUGACGACCUUUGGUGACGCUGAAAGUUCGAUACCUGCUGUGAAAUACAUGCUGUUAAAUCCUGCUGAUGCGUUCAGCCCAAUAGUAGAAGAAGCGAGGAGCGUCAUUUUAGCAGGCGGUACAAUGGAACCAAUUACGGACUUCAUGAACUACUUAUUCCCUUCUGUGCCAAAAGAUAGGAUAACCCAUUUUUCUUGUGGGCAUAUUAUUCCGCCUACAAACCUGUUAACCGUUAGUCUAGAGCAUGGUCCGACAGGAAAACCGCUACUGUUCAAUUUUGAGAGUAGGCAAGAUGUUAAACUGAUAGAUGAAGCAGGUCUGUCGAUAGCCAAUUUAUGUAACAUUAUACCUGAUGGCGUUGUAUGCUUCUUCCCUAGCUUCACAUUCUUAGAACAAGCCUACAAACGUUGGCUAUCGGUUGAAAGUGGCAAUAUUCUAUCUAGAGUGAAACAGAAGAAAAAGGUCUUCAUAGAGCCGAGAGAAAGCAAGAAAGUUGAUUCUACAUUGAGAGAUUAUACUUUACAAAUCGAAUCAACGGACAACAACUUGGGAGCACUGUUGUUGUGUGUCGUAAAUGGUAAAAUGUCGGAAGGUAUUAAUUUCUCGGAUAGACUGGGAAGAGGGGUUAUCAUGGUAGGGCUUCCUUUCGCUAACCGAGGUUCCGUGGAAUUAAUCGAAAAAAUCAAGUUUGCACAACAGAGCACGAAGGAUGAAAAUAUCAACGCUGGAAAGGAGUAUUACGAAAAUCUCUGUAUGCGAGGUGUCAACCAAUCUAUCGGUAGAGCUAUUCGUCAUCGUGGAGAUUAUGCUACUAUUAUUUUACUAGAUAAACGAUAUUCAACUAUGCGCAUCCAAAAAAAAUUACCCAAAUGGAUUGGUAGCCAUAUAGAGCAUUCAGACAAAUUUGGUAAGGUUAUGAACAAAGUGUCGACAUUCUUUCGAGGGAAGAGAAAUAUGUAGGCUCAAGAACCAAAAAAAAAAAAAAAACGAAAAAAAUCAACAAAAAAAAUAA